UAUGUAUAUGUAUAUGGUUGUCGCGUAAUCACAUUUGGUCCCGUGAUGUGGUCAGUGUAGCUCUGAGCCGCUUGGAGCGCGUUCAAAAUGAAUGUUUUUGCGUCAGGGAAACUUUGUAAACAGCACACGUGAAACAUAUUAUUCAAAUAAAAUAUGACGAGCACUAGCUUUAGUAGCAGUGAAAUUGUGGCUUUGUCAAAGCUCGCCGAAGUUGAGGGUCAGGUUGUCAAAACGUCGAGUGACAAUUUACUGGAGACGUAUGAUUUAGAAAAAUGUGUGGAAUGGUGCAAAAGGCACUCUCUGGAAAAGAUUUGUCUACAAUUCCCUGAUGCCCUUUUAACUGACUCAGUGCAAAUUGUUUUGUACCUGGAGAAACGCUUAGGAAAAAAAAUUUACAUUCUUGGCGAUACUUCCUGUGGUAGUUGUUGUAUAGAUGAAGUUACAGCUCAGCAUAUCGAUGCGGAUGGAAUUAUACAUUUUGGCCAUGCAUGUCUCAAUCCCACAAGUCGACUACCUGUGUUUCAUGUAUUACCAAAAAAGAAAAUUGAUGUGGAAGUCAUCUGCAAGGAGUUUGAAAAAUACUUCCGGGAUCGAGAUCAUAAAAUUCUUUUAUUUUAUGAUGUUUCUUAUGCUCAUGCUAUUGAAUCCAUUUAUUCUACUCUCAAGCCAAUUUUCAAGAGUCUCAUUUUGUCGACACUAAAUUGCACAUCUAAUGUGGAUUUUACGGACAAUGCAAAUGGUAGUGCAGUAGUUUUAGGUAGAAGUUAUGAUUUAGAUAAUGGCUAUAGGAUACAGGAUUACGAGGCUGUUUUUCUUGGACCAAAUGGAAAGACUCUCUCUAAACUAGCAAUGACCAUUCCAACAAGAAAUUGGCAUCAUUCAGAAGGCCUUGAAUUUCAUGAAUUCAGUGUACUAAAUUCUUCGUGGUUAAAAAGACGAAGAUAUCUCGUAGAGAAAUUAAAAGAUGCCAAAGUAGUUGGUAUAGUCGUGGCUACGCUUGGUAUAAAGGAUUAUCUUGAAGCCAUCGAUAUGGUAAAGAAAGCUCUCAAAGCAAAGAAUAAAAAAUCCUACAUACUCAGCAUUGGCAAGCUAAAUUCAGCUAAGCUCGCCAAUUUCCCAGAGAUGGAUGCAUUCGUAGUCAUAGCCUGUCCAGAAAACGACGUGUUUGAUUCUAGAGAAUUUUUCAAGCCUAUGCUUACGGUUUACGAGGUCGAAUUGGCAUUUAAUAAUUCGCGAGAAUUCUCCACGCACUAUUGCAUGGAUUUUAGACAAAUAUUAUCCGGAGGACAGAAUUAUAUUGAAUUCAAUGCGUCCACAGAAUCAGACGUGUCUCUGAUCUCAGGAGGCAUUCGGAACUUGGUAGACGAUCUACCACCAGUAGAUCGUAUGGAUGCUCUUGUCACAAAGUCCCAGGGUACCGUGGCAGUUGGUAAAGCUGGUGCAACUUAUCUUAUUGGCAGAUCCUGGCAAGGUCUCGAACAACGACUUGGUCAGGACUGCAUACGACCUGUUGAGAAAGGCCGAAGUGGACUGCCUAUGGGAUACGAAAACGAGCCUAUAUCACGUGAAAGUUAAUAUUAAAGCUACCAAAUAAUUUAUUUAUAGUUUAUUAAUGCGCUCUCGACUUAAUAAAAGAUUUAAUUACUAAUAUCGUCAA